UUGAAUUUCAGUGUUUAUUUAUUCACACAUAUACACACAUAACACUCAUCUACUCAUUGUUGAGUUAAGGGUUGAAUUGUCCAUCCUUGUUCUAUUCUCUGUCACUAUUUUUCUAACCAUAUGCAUGUACAGUAGAUGGCAGUAUUGUCCUGUUUAAAAGAGUCACAACAUUGCUGUUUACGGCAGACUGACUGCUUUACUGUAGACGCAAACGUGACUGCUGUUGUUGUGUGUUGUUACCACGCUGGGAGGACGUUAAUGAAACUGCCUUACUAUAAACCCACAUAAGAAACCAAGAACUCGCCCUCGAUUAUUCUAACGUCGUUGGGCAGAUACGCUAUUUAUAUUGUGGGAAAGCGGACGUGAAAACAGGCUGUACUCACUCAGGUCCGCAUGGAGCUGGAUGGGGCGUGGCCUCCAGCUCCGCCUGAAUUUAAGGAGAUUUUCGGGAGAAAAUUUGUCCCGGGAGAGGCGCUGAAUUUCGGGAGUCUCCCGGAAAAUCCGGGAGAGUUGGCAAGUAUGAGUAGAACAGAGUGAGUACAAGGUGUUGAUCACCUGACAUGCGUCUAUGAACUUUGUAUUCUUUGUUUGAUUACAUUUAUUCGGUUGACGGGACUAUUUUAACACGCCUUCUGGAGUGUGAUUGGAGGAGCAGAUCCUGCUCGGCUUUUAUAGAGAGCCACUAAGCGUGUGCAGCAAGUGUGUUUGUGAAGGUUUGUGCCCUGACACAACAUGUUUGAAGAGCUCCUGCAGGUUCCUGCUUUGGGCUCGUGGUUGGGGCUUCUUGCAGGCUUGCUGGCCGUCUAUCUUUUGUACUCCAGUUGGACUUUCCAAGAUGAACAGAAGCAUCCUCCUGGACCCAGACGUCUUCCCUUGCUUGGUAACCUCCAUCAGUUGGAUCUCAAUUGGCUUGAUAAGUCUCUUUUUAAACUGUCUAAAAGGUACGGACCGGUGUUUACCAUCUACUUGGGACUCAAGAAGGUGGUGGUCCUGGCUGGAUGCAAGACAGUCAAACAGGCUCUAAUCAACCAUGCUGAGGAGUUUGGGGAGAGAGAAAUCACCCCUUUAUUCCACGAUUUCUCCAAAGGACAUGGCAUAGUAUUCUCCAAUGGGGAUGGCUGGAAGGAAAUGAGGCGCUUUACCUUAGCGACUCUGAGAGAUUUUGGGAUGGGCAAGAGACUCAGUGAGGAGAAAAUCUCUGAGGAGUGUCACUACCUGAUUGAAGAGUUUGAAAAACACGAAGGCAAAGCCUUUGACAACACAACGCUCAUCACCUACGCAGUUUCAAAUAUCAUUUCUGCCAUCAUAUUCGGAAAGAGGUUUGACUUCAAAGAUCCAAUUCUCCAAGAAAUGCUGGAAAAUGACAAACAAAUCAUCCGUCUGUCUGCAUCAGAUUCCAUUAUGAUCUACGAUGCGUUUCCGAUGCUGGGUCCUUGGCUUAAAAACUGGAGGGAUUUAAUGAAAAAUGUGGAGGAUAUCAAGCAGCGUUUAUUGCACUUAAUAAACAAACUAAGGGAGACUUUUAAUCCUGACAUAUGUCGGUGCUUUGUCGAUGCUUUCUGCACACGUAAGCUGAAUCUGGAGGAGUCUGACGCUCAGAAGGUGCACUACCAUGAUGACAACCUGGUCUACAGUGUGAUGGAUUUGUUUGGCGCUGGAACCGACACGGGAUCAAGCGCUCUUCGCUGGAGUCUACUUUUAAUGGCCAAGUACCAUCAAAUACAAGAUCGGGUCCAGGAGGAGCUUAGUAGAGUGGUGGGAGACCGUCAGAUCACAAUGGAGGACAGGAGGAACCUGCCUUACAUCGAUGCUGUCAUCCACGAGUCGCUGAGGUUCGCCAACAUUGUUCCCAUGACCGUCACUUACAACACCAGCAGAGACGUCACCUUCCAGGGAUACUUCAUUGAAAAGGGGACCACUGUGCUCCCUCUGCUGACAUCUGUCCUCUAUGAUGAGAGUGAGUGGGAGACACCAAACACCUUCAACCCUUCCCACUUCCUGGACAAGGAGGGUAAAUUCAUCAGGAGGGAUGCUUUCUUGCCCUUCUCUGCAGGCCGCAGGGCUUGUCUUGGGGAAGGUCUGGCCCGGAUGGAGCUCUUCCUCUUCUUCACACACCUCCUGCAGCGCUUUCGAUUCACCCCUGCACCCGGGAUGUCGGAGGACCAGCUGGUUUUGACCCCAGUGGUGGGCUUUACACUCAGUCCUCUACCACACCAGUUGUGUGCUGUGAGUCGCCACUGAGAAGGAGUUGUUUAGAUAAAAGUAAAAGGAGUGUCUCAUACCUUUGCACUCACUCUGUCAAUUUAGGAUCAAUGAUUAACAUUAUUAACAUUACAACGGGAUAAAAUAUCAUAGGACCUACAAUAAUAACCACAAUGUGACAUUUGAAAUACUUUCAAAUGAUCGACAGUUACUUAUACUUAGCCUUCAUACAGUAGAUAAUGUAUUUGUAAUAGUUUCAAAAGUGGUCUACAACCUUAUACAUUUUGUUUUGUAAUUUGUGAAUAAUAUAAUUGAUAAAUAAGCAAAAUUUGGACUGUCCUGAUAAUGUCACUAUCUCAUACUUGCCAACCUUGAGACCUCCGAUUUCGGGAGGUGGGGGCGGGGGCGUGGUUGGGGGUGUGGUUAAGAGUCAAGUAUUUCAUAUAUCUACCUGUAUGUAUGUAUGUAUGUAUAUAUAUAUAUAUAUAUAUAUAUAUAUAUAUAUAUAUAUAUACAAGAAAUACUUGACUUUCAGUGAAUUCUAGCUAUUGCUGUGUUGGAUCCGCUUUGGACUGGACUCUCGCGGCUGUGUUGGAUCCAUUAUGGAUUGAACUUUCACAGUAUCAUGUUAGACCCGUUCGACGUCCAUUGCUUUUGUCCUUUCUAAGGUUCUCAUAGUCAUCAUUGUCACCGACGUCCCACUGGGUGUGAGUUUUCCUUGCCCUUAUGUGGGCCUACCGAGGAUGUUGUACUGUUUUGUGUUGUGGUUUGUGCAGCCCUUUGAGACACUAGUGAUUUAG